GCAAGUGGAAGGGAUGGCGGUGUCGAGAUUUCGUGAAGUUCUUUCUAAAGGCAAAGGUAAACCACUCAAGUAUUGCACUUUUUUAAUAUCAGUAUUCUUUUUUAUGGCUUCAGAAGUUAUCUAUUAAUCGUAUCCCUUUUCUUUUUUCGAAAAAUCUUCGCCCUCUCUGGCAACAGUCACGUUUUGUAAUUUAAUAUGCUCGUACAAACUUGCACAGACCGAUUGACCAUACUGAAAUUUGUAAGUCUCAAAAGUUUUAUACAGAGUUGGCCUUAAACUGUCCUAAAUUUGAGCUGUCGAAUGUUUAAAGAAACGUACAAAUGUAUACAGAGGGGGGUUGGGGGGGGGCAUAUUUGCCCCCUACCAUAAAUUUCUUUUAAAUAAUUAUAUGAAUAUUGGUAAGUUUGAAUACUCACAUCUCUGAAUGUUUGCAACAUGAAACUUAAUUGGCAGUUUCAGUGUGUUCACUUUGAUAAUCUGACCAAUGGAGAAGGUCUUUGCAGGAACAUUCUGUGUGACUUCAGUAGAAAGGUCGUGCACUGAUAAAAAGGGAGUUUGAGCAAACACCUUUUUGAGUGACAUGUGUCAACCAGAAGUGAGUUGAAGCCUUUUCCCUUUCAGUAUGACAUGAUGCUACCAAAUAUGUAUUCAACAACAACAACAACAAAUUUUAUUUUUACAUGAAAAGCGAUUAAUUACAAGUACAGACUACCUAAUAUUCCCAAGUGUCUUUUUCUCAUAGAGAUGAUUUGGCCUGAAACUUUGCUCAAAAUCAUGCCCCAAGAUUGCAAAAAGUCCACUUCCAGUUGAUGAGCGUCGCUCAAAAAUGGUGUUGCUCAAACUCUUUGAUUGUGGGGGAGGUGUUUGCUGCUAUUGGCAGAGGUGAAAGCUUUGAUCAGAAAACAUUGUUUGAAGUAACGUACAGGAGUUUCAACUGUAGUAUGAUUAGUUCCCGGGGGUACUGCCAUAUAUGGGCUAUAUAGGUAUGUGCCGCUGUGAAGGGUAUGGUUUUCAGGCAGUUUACUCUAGGAUAGGGUAUGUAAAUCAGAGCGUUUGGGUCUAGAAUAGGGUAUCAUUUUUCAGGAAACUGAUCAGUUGGUUGAAGAUUUUAUCUAGACAAGGGAAACAGCUACUCUGGGAUAGGGGGAUUUGGGGAGUUUACUCUAGUAUAGGGUAGCAAAAUUCAGCUGAACUAGCUCUGGUAUAGGUUAAGGGUUCCAGCAUCCCAGCGGCACAUCCCCACCCAGAAAUUCCUAAAGUACCACCCCCGGGGAUUAGUUAUACCUGACUGCAUGGAGGUAAACUCCAGAUAGACAAUGUCCAGCAAUGAGAGACAGUUAUUUGCAGUUGGUCUGCUAUAAGGUGCUGCGUAUGGUGUUUUAUUAGCAAGGGGAGAGGAAGGGGAGAGGUCACCAGCACCUUAGGACCCCUCACAUUACAGAAUACUGUCUAUUGAUCUUCGUCAACGGUAAAAUUGCGGUUCCCAUGACUAUUGGUGGGCUCACAAAGGAUUGCCGAGGCAUUUCGUGUCCUUUGACUCUCUCAGUGAAGUGUUAGCUUAUUCGUUUCCAUGAUGCAAAGUUAACUUAAGCAAAUCGAUAAUUCAAAGCUUUUGUGCUACUGUCUCCUUUUAUUAGGACAUGCAAUCGCUCAACUUGCUAAUUAUUUUGACUUUAUAACAUAUUUUAAGUAUUUAAGCCAGCAGAAUGUAUAGAAUUCCAGAAAAACAAAUGUGAAGUUGAAUGGUUUUGAAUUAUGCUAGAAGUUGUUUUGAUCAGUAUGCAAAUUACUGGUAUCUAUUUUUUCCAUCAAACUAAAAUAUCCUGGCUCAUUUACAACUUUUUGAUUUGCUUAGUCUCAUUUUAUAUUUUUUUUGUGAAAGCAUAAUUCUUUCAUGUGAAUUUAUGCUUUCAAAAGGAAAACAACUUUGAGGAAAUGUUGCGUUUACAGCCACAGCAAUACAUGUCUAUUUCACUUCACUUGCUCUUAUACACAAAUUACCCUAAAUCAUUCAGUGGAUUUGGGUUUGACCUCACCAACCUAUUGUAGCUUGUUAUUUUUGUGUGCACAACCUCCCACAACCAUUUCUCAUAUUAAAACUCCAAAAUUGUCGUAGCCCUUAAAUGUACAUGUAUAUAACUGGAAUCUCUAGUAAAUUUUACAGGCACCUCUUAUAAGCAACUUGAACCACUUUCUAACCUUUUUUCGUGUAUUCCAUUGUUUUUAAACUCUUUAAGUAGCUGCUCAAUGCAUAGACUGAUCUCUUUGUUCACUGUAUAAAAUACUACACUACUCAGCCUAUAAGAUACAAAGAACUUUUUUUAAAGUGACAACAUCCUCUAUAUAUUUGCAAGGCAAAUCUACCCAGGCGGCCUUAAGGAGAUAUUCAUUGUGUGAAGCAAAUUACCUUUUCUAUUGGUUUUGUUUGCAGUACUAUGCCUGGGCUGUCAUCAUGUGAGGAGAAUGUCAUCACUUGUAAAUGUUGAAAAACAAGGGAAAGUCGCUGUCCUAGAGCUGAACAGAAAGCCAGUUAACAGCUUUAGUUUAGACUUUUUACAGGAAAUAAAUGAAAAUUUGGAUCAAAUGGAAAAUGAUCAAGACUGCUGUGGAAUUAUCAUCACUUCUGUAAGUAACAUUUAGUCAAAUAACAAGCCAAUUAGUAAUUUAGGUAGUAUACAUGUAAUCAAGUAAGGUUUAUGUAAUACUAUAGAUAGCAAUGACAGAUCUUAAGGUGAUUAAACUUGACAACAAAGAGUCUCUCCAACCUGAUAUAUACCUCUAGAUUGUCGUAGUUAAAAUUUUUCUCCUGUGUGACAUUUUGAGGUGAGUGAAAAGGAUGCUCUAUUCUCUGAUUAAUGAUGCAGUUCAUUUUGCUAAUACAGGGUGUCCCAAAAGUUCGUUCCUCUACUUUAUAAGUCUGUAUUUCAGUACGAUUGGACUUGGUAAGGAAAUCAUUUCAACAAAAGUUGUGUCUUUCAAUAUAAUUCACUAUUUUCAUACUUGUAGUGCCAUCUUUUGACUCGAAUAUUCGAUUUGUGUACUUCCGCGCCAAAGGUGCGCGUGUGCGAGUAUAUUUUCCAGCCACAUAUUUUUUGUAUUUCAUAGCCCGAAUUGCUCGAACUCCUUCCUUGUUUUUUGUGAAUAUCACGAAAGAUAAACCCCCUUAACGCAAAAACGGUCAGCUGCGUGAGAGCAUAAGCCUGUAUACUUCGAUUUGCUGGCUUAUCUGUUGUAGAAAUAACUAAAAAACUGGAAAAAUCCGAAUGUUGGGUGGUAGAAUGAUCAUGGAGAAAUGAAGGUUUUGAAGGCAAGAAACUAAGCGGAAGACCAAAAGCCCUGAACAAAGCAGCUAAAGUAGUUUUAAAGAAGGCUAGAUACAAAAUAGGAGACUCGACAAGGAAGCUCAGUAGAUCACAUAGUUCACAAGCCAAAUAAAAGGCUCAUGAAAAGCUGUUUAGAGUGUCUAACAUUAGAGGCCCCUGAGAUGGCAAAAAAUCCUCUGCUUAGUCUGCCAAUUAACACCCAGCUCUUUUCAGAUUUGUAAAGAAGUACAAAAGCCUUGCUGUGGAAGGGGACCGGGAUUAUUAUCUGUUUUGGAUGAAUGCCCAAAAUAUUUUUUUUUUCAGCUGCCUAAACUAAACAAAUUUUGUUUGGGGGUUGAACUGGAUCCUGUGCAUCAGGUGAUAAAAAAGCUCAAAAUGGAUCAUUUGUGGGUCUACACGCUGUAUCCCACUUCAUGAUGCAACGGCUACAGAAUGUGAUAAACAAAACAAAAAGGGCAUACCAGUUACUGAAAUUCUGAAUACAUGUACUUGAUAGAGAAAUAAGCAUCUUCUAGAAAUUUCAUGUAAAAAUAAAGUUUUGAUCAAAAGUUAUAGUGCAUGAAAUUAGAGGAACGAACUUUUGGGACACCCUGUAAACAGUAAAUAUGUUAACACAGUCAUAAUGGUGAAAAGGGGGAAACAGUGCUCCAUGGCAUGGCAAGCAAUUUCCAUCAUCAGGGUUUACAAUGUAUUUCCCUGGUGCUACAGUAUUUUUGAAGAUCUGUGCCAGAUCCGAUAAGUCAGGCAGGUUCAAAACUUAAAUUGUUACAACGGCUAUUUUACUCCUCAUGGUACUUACAAGCUGAAACCUCCAGCCAGUAUAUGCCAGCACUUGUUUCUUAAGAAAACAUGACAAAAUUUCCAUGUAAAGAGUUUGGAAAUAAUUCCAGUCAUGAGCUAUCAAGCUUGGGGAAGUUGGUGGAGAGUGGCCACCAGCUGCACGUACAUAGCACUUUAUGGAGCCUUUGUCAGGGUGGUGGACAAAACACUGACCCCCCAGUCCUUGGACCACCCAUAUGGACUACCCGCCCUUAACCAUGGACUACACCACUGAAGUUUAUUCAUUAGUGUUAGGAAACUGUGUGAAUCAAGUUUCAGGUCAAUUUUCCCAGCAUAAUGAUCCUGGUGAAACCAGAUUCACUCGGUUUCCUCACCAGCUUUAAUCACUAUAAAAUGUCAGUGGCAUUAAAAAGUCCAUUUUAGGGUAGUCCAUAUGAGUAGUCCAUUGGGGUAGUUCGGCAUGAACUGAGGUUCAGUGUUUUUUCCACCACCCUUUGUCAGUGACAAAAUCAAUAUUUAAUCAGGGCCUUCCCAAAGUAUUCUCUGCUGGCCUUGAUCUUGUGAAAGAAGUUUACAAGCCUUCUAGUGAGAAGCAACUUUCAACUUUUUGGCAAGCUUUUCAGGAGAUGUGGCUUCGCGUGUAUGGCUCAAGACUACUCACUGUUGCUGCAAUAAAUGUAAGUGUAUCUCAUAGACAUUAUUUAGUUUAAUCGGGAAAUUAACUCUGUUAAGAACGGCCAUUUUUUUGCUGUUACGUCCAGUUUUACAUUUACGCUUUUAAGUAACAUGGCCUCUGAGUGCAAGCAACAGGCUAUAUAGCAGUAACUUUGUUUUGGUAAAAAGCCUCGCCAUUCUAAAGCAUAAUGUGAUGCUUUUCAUCGAUAUAAGUCACAUAAGUCACAUUCCAAACAAAGGGGGGCCAUUUCCAGUAAGGGCAAGCAAAAACAGUAUACAACUGUAAAAAUGGUCUAUUGACUAUAUAUAGAAGAAAAAGUCACGCUGGGGUCAUUAUUGUUAUAUAGUCAUUAUGGUUCUUGAUCAAAGCUCUAUGAUGUAGUCUGCAAAAACUGUUAGAAUUAUAUGUGAUAUUGUUAUUUACUGCCUACUUACUAUUGUUAUUUUUUUCUUUACCCUUGUUGUAUUUUGAAUUCACUUGUAUGACAUUAGGACAAGAAAAGAAAAAUGAAAGAGAAGUGGAUAAUUUUUUUCCUGACUUGGGAAUAUUUUUCCUUAUAAUUCAUACUGCUUGAAUGUGUUUUCUGCUAACAGUAUGUACAUCGGCAUUUCUCUUUUGAUAGGGACAUGCAUUAGCAGGGGGGUGUGUUUUGAGUUUAGCAUGUGAUUACCGUAUCAUGGCUGAAGGGCCCACAAUUGGACUAGUGGAGACAGAGGCAGUGAGUUUUACACAAACUGAUGGCUUAGUUUAACUUGUAGAAUAAUUUGUAGUGAGGCUUAUUUUAGCAUCGCCCCAUGUAAGGGAAUUCGAAUUCCAGAAUCUGGAAACUUUUUGCUGUGGAAUCCAGAACCCUGGGCGUUGGAAUCCGGAAUACUGCUCAAUGAAUCUGGAAUCCCACUGAAAAUUGGAAUCCAGAAUCCAAUUUUCACUUUCAAAGACUGGAAACAAGUAUCUGGAAUCCGGAAGCCAUGGUGUGAAAUGCAGAAUCCAAGGCUGUCUUGGAUUGCCUACAUUGGUCAAUAGCAGUUAUGUCAUCUAACAUGAGUUUUGUCACCUGGUUUGUAACAUGUGUGAGACAAAGUGUUGUCCUUCACUUUAUACUUCUUGACUGAUAUCAUGUUAUUUUUUUUAUUUUUGCAAUUUCUUAAUCUUUUUAUUUGAUUAAUUUUAUUUAUCUAUCUUAGUCGUUAAUCUUAUCUUUUUUUUUUUCAUUUGUUAUUUACUCAUUUACUAACUUUUGUCUGCUGUGGGGAGACGAGGUGGGAGGAGCGAAAAUAUUACUCCCGCCACAGCUGAAAAUUGUAGCCUGCUAGUGGCCAAAAAUUUUAACGAAUUGUCACAAUACUUUUUUUAUACGUUAUUCAACUUUUUGUUUUCUAUUUUAGGGUGUUCCGCCACCUUUCUGGUAAGUUUGUCAGUAAUGGCAAGUACGCACUAGUGAAGCCGUUUUCUAGUCAACAUCUAGCGAAAAAGAAAAAAUGUUUUCGCGAAAACUCCGAGGAUCGUGAAAUUAUUUCAAAGGAAGUACAAGUGAGAAGUAGAGUAAGAUUUUCAUCGGAAUCUUCCGGUCGAAGUGACAUGAUUUUUUGCAUUUUCUCUGACCCAUUUGAAAGAAUCGCACUGAUUUCAGUAUUGUUUGCAAGGUCUCACCCCUCUGCACAAGUCGGGUUUUCAAAGUUUCCCAUGGGCUUUAAAAUUGAUGACGUCACAAGUGGUACAAGGGUGUGGUCCAGGGGUGCAUGUGUUGAUAUUUUAUGAAGACUAAAUAAACAAAAGUAGUGUUUUAAUAGCUUCUUUUAAGCUCCAAGUUUUCUCCAAAACCCAACGAUUGUUGGGGUAUUGAACAGAUCUAAAUUAGUGAGUAGAUUGGUUUUGUGUUUUAUCAAAUGUUGUAGACAAUAGUCUACUUUUUGUUCUUAAACUUGUUAAAAUUGUCUAGCUUGUUUAUUAAACUGUACUUAGUAUUUAUUUAUUUAUUUAUUUAUUUAUUUACUUAUUUUUAGGGUUUUUAACAAUCUUGCAGCUAUUGUUGGCAAAGGAGCUGCUGAAAAGGCGAUUUUAAGCAGUAAGCGAUACACUGCUAAAGAAGCCCUAGAUAUUGGAAUGGUGGACAAAGUUGUACCGAAAGAGAAGCUGAUAGAUGAAGCCAAAUCGCAACUGAAUGAAUUGACAGUGUUUUCUGGUGAGAAAUGUUCUUAAAACAGUUUAAAGUAAAAUUCCCUUUUUUUCCAGCGUGCCACCAUUUUGAAUAGUUACAUGAAGUUGUUAAGGUGUGGUUUACAGCAUUCGAUACAAAAUAAUGUUGCCGGAUUUUUAACUAAAGAAGCAAUCGAAAAAGAGCAGCAGGCGAGAAUUUAAAAGCAAAAAUAGGCGAUAGUCCCGAUAUUUGUAUGGAGUUUGUGUUAUACGACUUCGUUAAUUUUUUUUCCACUCUCCUCUUUACUCGCGGAAAUAGCAUAUUCCUUCUAAUGUUCUUCAUUAAUUUUUUUCAUGCAGGGAGGACCAUGCAACUGACUAAGAUGGUUAUGCGUAAAGAUGCCGUGGACGCUUUGGAAAACAGGCGCGAAGAGGACAUCAAAGAGUUUGUUGACACCAUAAUGGACGAAGAAGUCCAAAAAGCAAUAGGCCUUCAAGUUGAAAAAUUGCAUAAAAAAAAGUAAAUUAUGUCCUGUAAGGGCCUGAGGAAGCUCUGUGAAAUUAAGUCAUGGUGUAGACGAGGUAUUUCCUCUUUGCUAGGCUGCAGAACAGUCUGUACUUUUGCGUAGGCUAAGACAGCGCAAGCGGUCAAACGAAAGUUAAUCUUAGGGUGGGGGUGAAACGGAGUGUUAGAUUGGGCAGAAACGGAAAAAAUUUUCUCGCCUAACGAAGCUUGCGUGCAUCGUGGAAAAAUCACAUACCGGUCCCUCACCUUUGAAAAACUGAUUUUGAGCACAAAAAAAAUAAUAAUAAUAACGUUUGUUUUGCAGUCUACCCCGUUGCUUACGGCCGAUGCCUUCCUUGGCAACUAAGCCUUAAGUCAAUGUAUUUAAAAUAUUUCGUGGCUCAGUUUUAUCUUGGUAUAGAAGGUAAAUUUUAUUGUGGAGCAAAGAAUACUUUUAACUUGGACAUGAAUUUAAGGCUAACUUGUGCAAAAUUUGCCUGUCCAGAUACCAUACGUUGCUAGACCAAAAACAAACCAAAAUUAAGUUUUGAAUUCUCCAUACCUGAAGGGUAUUUUAGACGUAAGACGUAAGCAUUAGCUAGAGCUUUGUCUAUAAACUAGUGCCACGCAAAUAAAAGCACUCCAGGAUCUAUGUUCGUACUCAUAAUACUAAGGGCAAACACAAGCAAUAAAAUGAUAGAAUUUUUCAUAAAACUCCACGUUUCCUGCCUUGCCGGGUUCAUAGUAGAGCUUCCGCACACGAAAUGCGCGCAGCA